AUGAUUCCUCCGAGCAGCAUGACUGAAGUCAGCGUGGAUAGUGUGGAGAAAGAGAAUGAAGUGGAGAGCACAGAGCAGCCCCCCUCUCCAGCAUCAACCACCAGCCAGGAAUCAAAGCUGCAGAAGCUGAAACGGUCACUCUCCUUCAAGACCAAAAGCUUGCGGAGUAAAAGUGCAGACAAUUUCUUCCAGAGGACUAACAGUGACGUGAAACUGCAAGUGGACUUGAUGCCUGAGGUGAGCACGAGCACAGGGCAGCUCCCCAGCUCAGAGAGCCAGGCAUCUUCCCCCACCAGAGCCCAGCAGCUGCCAGAAAACAAGGCUCACAUCUUCCACGAGCACAUCUUCAAAAAACCCACCUUCUGUGAUGUCUGCAACCACAUGAUUGUUGGGACAAACACUAAACAUGGACUGCGCUGUAAAGUUUGUAAGAUGAGUAUCCACCACAAGUGUGCAGACAGUAUUGGACAACAGCGUUGUAUGGGCAAGCUGCCAAAGGGAUUUCGACGGUACUACAGCUCACCACUACUCGUUCAUGAACAGUUUGGCUGCAUCAAAGAAGUGAUGCCUAUUGCCUGUGGCAAUAAAGUUGAUCCUGUGUACGAAACUCUCCGCUUUGGGACUUCCUUAGCUCAGAAAACUAAGAAGGGCAGUUCUGGCAGUGGGUCUGACUCUCCCAAUAGGAAUUCUACAGCUGACCUGGCAGAAGUUCCUGAGGAAGCUGACAGCAGCCUUGACAUAACCAGGAAACGCAGCAACAGUGUGUUUACAUAUUCUGAAAAUGGCACAGAACACUUUGGAGAAGAACCAAAAAAUAUACAUUCCCUGGGACCAUUUUAUAAAAGCACGCUACAAAUGAACACUUAUGUUGCCUUGUACAAAUUUGUACCACAAGAAAAUGAAGACUUAGAGAUGAGGCCAGGGGAUAUGAUCACUCUUCUGGAAGACUCCAAUGAAGACUGGUGGAAGGGCAAAAUUGAUGACAGAACUGGAUUUUUUCCUGCUAACUUUGUUCAGAGAGUGCAACAUGAUGAGAAGAUUUACAGGUGUAUCAGGACAUUCAUUGGCUGCAAGGAGCAGGGACAGAUAACUCUGAAAGAGAACCAGAUUUGCGUGACUUCAGAAAAGGAACGCGACGGCUUUAUCAAAGUAUACAGUGGGAAGAAGAAAGGUUUUGUCCCCAUAGACAUCUUAGAAAACAUCUGAUUUCAGCACCCCACUUUGCCCUUUGUUGGC